CGGGCAGGCGGAAGCGGAAGUCGAGGUUACCCUGGCAGCGCCUGGACGGGAAAAUGCUUCCGCUGUCCUUGCUAAAGACGGCACAGAACCACCCCAUGCUGGUGGAGCUCAAAAAUGGUGAAACUUACAACGGUCACCUGGUGAGCUGUGACAAUUGGAUGAACAUCAACCUUCGAGAAGUCAUUUGUACUUCUAGGGAUGGAGACAAAUUCUGGCGGAUGCCGGAAUGCUACAUCCGCGGCAGCACCAUCAAGUACCUGCGCAUCCCGGAUGAGAUCAUUGACAUGGUGAAGGAGGAGGUGGUGUCGAAAGGCCGAGGCCGGGGCGGCAUGCAGCAGCAGAAGCAGCAGAAGGGGCGUGGCGUCGGCGGCACGGGGCGGGGCGUGUUCGGAGGCCGUGGCCGCGGCGGAAUCCCAGGAAGUGGCCGAGGGCAGCAAGAGAAGAAGCCGGGGAGACAGCCGGUGAAGCAAUGAGAAGCCGAACCGUCUCCGGGAGGGCCAUACCGUUGACCCAGACACUGGAGAGACUGGUCUGCCGCCCUCCCGUCACCCCACGAAACGAACUUUAGAGCGUGCUUUUUGUAUUUUGUUUUCUCAAUUGCCAAUAAGUCAGCGAUUAGACAUAACUCCUGAGUGUUUCGGCCCGCCCCACGCCCAAAUUAUAUGUACAAUUUAGUUCCGACUCGAACAAAUGGUUCAGGACGGAGCACAGAGGAAGAUUUGCUCUAGGCAGCUUUAUUGCAAGGGGCAGUCCGGCACUGCUCUUCUCCCCUCCCCCUUUUUCUUUUCGGAGUUGCUUCGGCAAGAAAAACAGCUCGUUGGUGCUUGAAAUGUUGGAUCCAAGAAUAAGACGGUUGUAUUGUCAAACCGUAAGAUGCGUCCUGACGGAAACCGACCAGCCGAAAUUUUCUCUUGCAGGGCAAGCAUGCCGAAUCGGGGGGAGAAUUGAGAAUAUAUACCCAUCACCGGUUCCAUCGCACUUAAAGAAAACGUGUUGUGCAGCAAGUGGGGCUGUUACAGGAGUUGAUCUUUUUCCUCACUCGCUAUCGCGAAGAAGGAGUGUUAAAAAGCAAUCGCCAAACGCCACACCUCCACGUCUUGGGGGGCCUUGCUCGAAAUAUUCAGAUUUAGUUACCAUUUCGAAGUAGGGGUUGUCUCUGAUUUCAGCUCUUGACGUUCCAAGCAUUCAUCGCCGGGAAAACUUGGGAGAUCCGUUUAGGCUUUCUCUUCCCAGUGUGAAUAAUACGUUCUUCCCCAACUUUGGGCCCUCCUGCUGUGUUGGACUGCAACUCCCAGAAUCCCCCAGCUUGGGAUAUUCUGGGAGUUUGCAGUCCAACACAGUGGGAGGUUGGGAAGUCUGAAAUAAUACCUGUUCCUAUUAUUCAGCUUUCCCUGAACCCAACGAGCUCGAGAUGUUUUGGACAACAACUCCCAGCAUUCCUGGGGCUGAUGGGAGCUGAAAUCCAAAAUAUCUAGGCAGUCCCUGCUUGGGGGAGCCAUCCAACUCCUCCACCUGCCCCUGGAGUAUCCAAAGAAAAAAUGGCCUGUAAAUUCAUAGAAAGCCCAAUUGUGGAAUUGGGGUCAGGCCUCAGAGAAGUUCUCUUUCGGAAGGGGCACAAGCUGCGGUCCUCCAUGUGUUGGCAGAAUCCUGCGGCCCCGGAUAGCGGGACUAAUGGUUAGGGAUUAUGGGGGCUGGAGUUCCCACCCGCCCCCAUCAUCAACCAGCUUUCAUGUUUUCCCACGUAGCUAUGUGUCUCCUCAGCUGCAGAGGCAAAGUUCUGGCUACAGGUAGUUCCUUUCCGAGGCUGCAGCUGCGAACACCAUCCUUCUGUUCCGUAGACGCGGAUGUUUGGGGGCCUGUUGUUUGAGUUGGGAGUGGAAUAAAAUGGUUCUCGAGC